AUGGCACAGUUUAUGGUGAUCCUGCUACCUUCUGGAGCUCCUUUGGGAGCAGACAUCUGGUGCUUCCUACCUCCUCAAACAAGUUUGAAGGGCCUUCAGUUUUUAGGAGGUCCAUAUUGCAAGAGUAGAUUUAGUUUCUCUGGGCUACAUCAUGUUGUCUUGGAGUCCAUCACGUCUAUUUCAUGGAAUCUUAGAGAUGAUAGACAUGAAGUAGAACGUCUGGCUCAAAAGGCUAAAUUAGAAAAUCACGAGCCUUCUGAUGAUAUAAUUACGAAGAAGACUCAGAAUUGGAGAAAAAAGCCUUCAAAAACUGGCGAUCUGUUGGCUUUGGCUACAGCCUCUCCUAUGCAAAAGAUUAGAAAUUUUAUAGAACAAACUAGUCCUAAUACUGCAGUUUCUGGUGCAGCAGAACUUAAUUCUCCUGUAAUGUUUGAGGAAGAUGACGAUGCCUUAGGGCAAAAUUUGUCUUAUAGAAACCAAGAACUAGGAAGCAUGGCCACUUGCCACCAAACAGAACAAAAACCGCUGUUGCGAGCUGAUGCCAUUCGCUCACGUCUCAUUGAUACUUUCUCUCUCAUCGAGCAUCUGCAAGGCUUGAGCCAAGCUGUGCCACGUCACACUAUCAGAGAGAUAAUUGAUCCUACCCGACAGAGAAAUAUUGCGUUGGGAGAUCAAGAUCAACUUGUGCGCUUCUCCAUAAAGCCUCAUCGUGUAGAACGGAUUACUUAUAGCCAGAGACUUUUAAGCAGACUUACAGUCCGCUGCAGUAAAAGACCACCUAUUUCCUUGUGGGCUGGAUGGGUUCUUGAAUGCCGUCUCUUUACAAACUUCAUCAUCUCCCUCAUCCUUUUGAAUACCGUUGUACUUAUGAUUGAAAUAGAACUAGAUGGUGAAACAUCCUGGCAUGUCAAACUGGUUCUGGAGGGGGCAUCUUGGUUCAUCUUGCUUAUUUUUCUCGCGGAGAUCAUUAUUAAGUGGCUAUUCAGCUUUCACCUCUUUUGGAAGAGUGCCUGGAAUGUCUUUGACUUUAUUGUCACCAUAUUGGCUCUGCUUCCUGAGUUGAUUGUACUUGGAGGGGGAACAGGUCAGCGGCUCCAGUUGCUGAGGAUCUGCCGGGUACUAAGGUCCCUCAAGUUCCUUGCAAGGUUCCCUCAAAUUCGAGUCAUUAUUUUGGCCCUUGUCAGGGCCCUCAAGAGUAUGACCUUCCUUUGGAUGCUGCUGCUCAUCUUUUUCUACAUUUUUGCUGUGGCUGGUGUCCACUUCUUUGAGUAUUAUACCCGCUCAACUCGUUCGGACCUGAAGUACCACAUGUAUUUUUCAAAUGUGCAAAAUUCCUUCAUCUCAGUGUUCAUUCUUUUUACCAUGGAUCAUUGGUAUGAAUUGCUUCAAGAUACCUGGAAGGUCCCUGAAGUUAGUCGCCUUUUCUCCAGCAUCUAUAUUAUUCUUUGGAUAAUACUUGGUGCCAUUGUCUUUCGAAACAUCAUAGUGGCUAUGAUGGUUAAUAACUUUCAGACCAUCAGGAAUGAGCUGAAUGAGGAGAUGGCACAUCUGGAGGUUCAACAAAAAGCUGAUUUAUUCAAGCGGCAGAUCAUUCAGAGGAGACAAAAUCUGGCUCCUGAGGUGGCGAAGUCAGUCAGCAGCAAACUUGAAGCCAGGUUAGGAGACUUAUUUGACCCUGUUGGUCAUUUGGACUGGGAGACUCAUGUGCACCAGAAUCUGCCUGGGCUGAUGGACAUGGAUCAAGAAGAAUGUGUUGUUUGGCCUAGGGACUCACUUUUCCAAUAUUUUGAGCUGCUAGAGGAACUUCAAUAUAACUUAGAGGAACGUAAGCAGUUGCAAGAGUUUGCAGUACGGGCACUGAUGAACCUUGAAGAUAAGUAA